GAUGAUCACGUCUAUGAAGCUUACGGUGUGACAUUUUCACUUGACGGUAAGACAUUUUUUAUAAGCUUACGGUGUGACAUUUUUUAUUUUGUAGUGUCAAAUCCGUCAAAUCUUAUUUUUGCCUUAGUAUUACCAAUAUUUCCUACAAAAUGUUGUUUGUCUUUUCCUUAGUUCAAUCAAAUGUGUCGCAAUGUAUUAGUUCGAUUAACCGAAAUUAAUAUCACUAAGAGGCGGGUACAUAGUACUAAAGAGAACACGAGAGACAACUGGUGGCGAAUCGCGCAUUGACUAGUGUACGAUCCCGAAGCUGAGAGUCCCCCAUUUAGUUCCGCAGUAUCGAAAGGGAACGAGCUCACGUUAUUUUAUCCGCAGUCUCUAUAACCAUCCGAAAAUGACAACAGUUGGAUCGACUUUCUGCUGGAAAGCCUUGAUUCUGAUUUUAGUUAUCGGGAAUUCGUCUGCUAUUGUUUGGAACGGAGAUGGAACCGACACACGCUGGGCACUCCAGUGUGACUUUAUAGGUCGAGAUUUCAAGAAUCAGAUUAGCCCUGGAGACCGAUGCGGAUCGCUUUGCAAGGAGAAUUCUCCCUGCAGCCACUUUACCUGGACCAAUUAUAACGGGGGAACCUGCUGGAUGAAAUCUGGCUAUGUGUCAGAAUUCGACGCCGUGUCGAAAACAAAUGAUGGUGCGGUUUGCGGAUUCCUUAAGACAACGGUCAGUCCACCGGCCAGUGCAUGGAAAGAUGAGGGAACCCUAAAAUGGGCAUUAAAUUGCGAUUUUUUAGGUCGGGAUUUGAUGGCAGUGGCGACCGCUGCUGAGAAAUGCGGAGGAACUUGCCUAUCAAACCCGGAAUGUAGUCACUUCACUUGGACAAACUAUCAAGGCGGUACUUGCUGGUUGAAAAAAAACGGCGCUUCGGAUUGUGACGCCGUUGUUAAAUCAGAUUCCGGCGCAGUAUGCGGUUUCUUGAAAUUUUAAUCUUUCCAGAAUUCAGUUUUCCUCUUAUUGACUAAAGAAUCUGUUUCAAUCCAGUAAUUCUGUGUAUUAAGAAAUCAGAUGCCUCUAAGUCGAUACUCGAUAACAAUAAUAUUUUCCAAGUCAACCA